AUGUCUCUUCGUCUCUUCCGGAGCACCGCCCGUGCUGCCCGGGCCACCCGGCCAUGGACGGCCACAGCUUCCCCGGUUGCCGCCGCAUGGACACGGACCCGGACGGUGUCGACACAUAGCCAGGACGGCCAGCAAAAGAUUCUGGCAGCACACUUGCAACAGGCCGACCCGACCAUGUACGAGAUUAUCGAGAAGGAGAAAUUGCGCCAGAAGCAGUUCAUCAACCUGAUACCAUCCGAGAACUUCACGUCCCAGGCCGUCCUGGACGCCUUAGGCAGCCCCAUGCAGAACAAGUACUCAGAAGGCUAUCCCGGAGCUCGGUACUAUGGCGGCAACGAGUUCAUUGACCAGUCCGAGCGGCUCUGCCAACAACGCGCGCUGGAGACAUUUGGCCUCUCCGAUAAGGAUUGGGGUGUCAACGUACAGGCUCUCUCCGGUGCUCCCGCAAACCUGUACGUCUACUCCGCCCUCAUGGAGACCCACGACCGCCUCAUGGGCCUCGACCUCCCCCAUGGCGGCCACUUGUCGCACGGAUACCAGACGCCGACCAAGAAGAUCUCCUUCAUCUCGAAAUACUUUGAGACCCUGCCAUACCGCCUCGACGAGUCCACCGGCUACAUCGACUAUGACAAGAUGGAGGAGAUGGCCCUCAUCUACCGGCCCAAGAUCAUUGUUGCAGGUGCCAGCGCCUACAGCCGCUUCAUCGACUACAAGCGCAUGCGUGAGGUCUGCGACAAGAUCAAUGCCUAUCUGCUCGCCGAUGUUGCCCAUCUGUCCGGCAUGAUUGCCGCCAAGUCCAUCCCAAGCCCCUUUGCCUACGCCGAUAUCGUCACCACCACCUCACACAAGUCACUUCGCGGCCCCCGCGGAGCCAUGAUCUUCUUCCGUCGCGGCGUGCGUCGUGUCAACGCCAAGACCAAAGAGGAGGAGCUAUACAACCUCGAGAACCCCAUCAACGCGUCCGUCUUCCCCGGCCACCAGGGCGGUCCCCACAACCACACAAUUGCCGCUCUCGCUGUCGCCCUCAAGCAGGCCCAGACCCCCGAGUUCCGUGCCUACCAGGAACAGGUGCUUGUCAACGCCCAAGCGCUGGCUAAGCGCCUUGGUGAACCAAAGGACAAGGGUGGCCUCGGCUACUCGCUCGUCUCGGGCGGCACCGACAACCACCUGGUUUUGGCCGACCUCAAACCGCAGGGCAUUGACGGUGGUCGCGUCGAGCGCGUACUGGAGCUGGUCGGUGUCGCUGCCAACAAGAACACCGUGCCGGGCGACCGCUCGGCGCUGACACCCGGCGGUCUGCGCAUGGGCACGCCUGCCAUGACAACGCGCGGGUUCAGCGAGCACGACUUUACACGGGUGGCCGACAUUGUCGACCGCGCCGUGACGAUUGCGGUGCGCGUGGACAAGGCGGCCCGCAAGGAGGCCGAGGAGAAGGGCGUGAAGGGUGCUGGCCGUCUGCGGGUGUUCCUGGACCACCUGGGCAACGGCGAUGGUGUGCCCGAGAUCCUGCAGCUGCGCAGCGAGGUUGCCGACUGGGUUGGGACCUACCCCCUGCCCUGGUCGACCAAGGAGUAA